CAAAACGCAUAUGUCACUUGACAUGUGUAUUUUAUUAGCAUUUACCACAACUACCUACCUAUAUUUACAAAAUUAAAUAUAGCGAAUAGCAUUUAAUUUUAUGCAAUAAAUAAUGCCCUUUACAACCGGUAAAUAAAUACUUUUUGAAAAGUUUAUCUAUUAAGGGACUAUAAUAUUGUUUAUUUACAACAUAGCUAGCUAUCAUAAUGAGUCGAAAACAAAGUAAUUUGAAAAAAAUAAAAUCUCUUUGUUAUUUGACAUUAGGGGGUUCCCUGUCGUACCAAUUUAUUUACUUCAAAAAAGAUUUCAAUGGCUAUUAUGACAAUGUAUUACAACCGCUGAGCCAACAGCUCAAUCCAGAAUGGGCGCAUAAAAUUGGUGUAUCAGCCAUUAAGUAUGGAUUAUUUCCCACAGAAAAUUUUGAAGAUCCUAAAGUUCUUAACACAAAGUUCUUAAAGUAUGAACUUAGUAACCCCAUUGGUAUUGCUGCCGGCUUUGAUAAGCAUGGUGACGCUAUCACAGGGUUAAGAAAUAUUGGUUUUUCUGUAGUGGAAAUUGGAUCAAUAACACCUGAACCACAGCCGGGUAAUCCAAAACCUCGAGUGUUUAGGUUACCGGAGGACAAUGCGGUUAUUAAUAGAUAUGGUUUCAACAGUGAAGGUCACAAAGAAGUAUAUGAAAAAAUAAAGAAUAUAGACAAGGCUUUACUACAAAAUGGACUCUUAGGAGUUAAUUUAGGCAAAAAUAAAACUUCCAAUGAUGCUGUCCAAGAUUACAGUUUAGGAAUUAAGAAAUUUCAAAAUAUAGCUGACUACUUUGUAAUAAAUAUAAGCAGUCCUAAUACUCCAGGUUUAAGAUCACUGCAAAAUAAAAACGAGCUCCAGGAACUGUUAGCUGGUGUCAAUAGAACUUUAAACACAUUAGAAGGAGGCAAGCGGCCACCUCUGCUUCUAAAACUUGCACCGGAUUUGACUCUUGAAGAAAUGAAAGAAAUUGUUUCGGUAAUAACAAAGAAAGAAACUAAAGUUGACGGUCUAAUCAUAUCCAACACCACAAUUGAAAGACCCUCGCUCAUUAAUCAAGAAUUUUCAAAGGAAAUAGGUGGUCUUAGCGGAAAGCCCCUGACAAAUAAAUCUACUGAUGUUAUAAGAACAAUGUAUAAACUAACAAAAGGUAGCAUACCCAUAAUAGGUGUAGGAGGUGUGUUCACCGGUCAAGAUGCUUAUGAAAAAAUAUUAGCUGGGGCAAGUGUCGUGCAAAUAUAUACGGCGCUCAUUUAUCACGGUCCUCCAGUUGUUACCAAGAUUAAAUCGGAACUAGCUCAGUUGUUAUUAAAAGAUGGUUAUAAUGAUGUUAGUUCUGCUGUUGGUAAAGGUGUAAAAUAA